GGGUAGUGGGAGGGGGCGAGAGAGGAAACGGAAAAGAAGCGCGCGGCGGGAGAGAAAGAGAGAGAGAGACAGAGUCCUGAAGAUGACAACUACUGACCUGAUCGAGAAAGCAAAGCUUGCUGAGCAGGCAGAGCGCUAUGAUGACAUGGCAUCCUUCAUGAAAGCCGUCACGGAGAAAGGCAAUGAACUCUCCAGUGAGGAACGAAACCUGCUCUCUGUCGCUUACAAGAAUGUAGUUGGAGCCCGUCGGUCAUCCUGGCGGGUCAUCUCCUGCAUAGAGCAUAAAAUGGGUAACACCGAAAAAAAUCACCACCAUUUGGUAAAAACGUACCGAGAGCAAAUUGAGAAGGAGCUGCAGGAGAUCUGCAGUACUGUGCUGCAUCUUCUGGACACGUACCUUAUUCCCAAAACCAGCCAAUGUCCAAGCAAGGUCUUCUAUCUGAAAAUGAAGGGAGACUAUCACAGAUACCUCUCUGAGGUUGCAUGUGGAGAGAAAAAACAAACCACGGUGGAAAACUCGCAGGCGGCCUAUCAGGAGGCAUUUGAUAUGUGUGUCACAAAAAUGGAGUCGACACAUCCCAUCCGACUUGGCUUGGCUCUCAACUUCUCCGUGUUCUAUUAUGAGAUCCUGAAUGAUCCUGAGAAGGCGUGCAAUCUGGCUAAAACAGCAUUCGAUGAUGCAAUUGCAGAGCUGGACCAGUUGGCUGAUGAUUCGUACAAAGACAGCACCUUGAUUAUGCAGUUACUUCGGGACAAUUUAACUUUGUGGACAUCAGACAACCAGGGUGAAGAUCAGGAACCUAGUGAUGGGCAGAGCUAAAACAUUUGUUACACUUGCAACUUACCCACUGAUUUACUCUCACCUGCUCCUGUCCAGCAAAACUAUCCCAUCCCAGUCCCUCAUCCCUUUUCUUGUACCUCUCUGAUCUUUUUUUCUUUGAAAAGGCAAUGCAUACCAUUUCCUUGAGCUGCACAGAGUUUCACACCACCAUGCUGCAUUCUGAUGCACUGAGAAAACACGUGGGGCUGGGGGCCAUCUAACACCAGGGGUAACUGUGAGCUACUCUGCUUUUAAUGGUUAGCUUUAUCUGGCUGGAUAUCUUGGUGUGAAACCUUCUGGCCAUUGGGUUGGAAAUUCUUCAGGUGCCUAACCUAGCCUGUGAUUUUAUUGGAGGAAGGUAAGGGCAGGAAGAGAGGAAUGACCAAAAAUUGUAUUCCACAGGCACUGCUUGCUGAGGGGUUUGCUGCAUGUUAAUGUAAUCAACCCUGGAAGGCAGAAUGGUUCCUACUUUGUGAGUUUGCUUUUCUAAAUAGAGCUCAGGUUUACAUUCCGCACUCCUGCCCAAGUGUGUCUCUCUUCUCUCUCUCUCUCUCUCUCUCUCUCUCUCUCUCUCUCUCUCUCACUCACUCACUCACUCACUCACUCACUCACUCACUCACUCACUCACUCACACUCACACACACACACACAACCACCAUCCUCUGCAUCCUCCUGCCCAGUUCAAUGAGCACACAAUCAGGCAGGUGCAGAGGCAAUAAUUGCCAGUGUGCCUGGCUGGGUAUCCCACUUUCAGUAGCAGUGAGGUUCUUCAGGUCAUCAUGGAAAUUUAUAGGGAAGAAAAUAGUGAUGGCUUUCCUCAUUUCAGGCAUUCUUAACUCUGGGGGCCACUUUUUGCACAAUCAGGUGCUGAUUUUGCUGCUGGUUGACCUGCAUGUGUUGAAGUUCACUCAAACUAGGCUCCUCUCCCCUCUCCCAUCCAAUUCCUCCUCUCCACAAGUCCCUGCAAUUGAUCUGACUACUUUCUAAGUUCUGUCUUGUUUGUUCUGUUUUUGGUGUUUUGGAGAUACCCUGACUCUGAUCAUUGAUUAGCUCUGUUGUCUCACCCUACUCUGGGUUCCUCAUUGUCCUCUCUGCUCCCCUUCCCAUUCCCCUGCACCAUUACAGCAAUUUUGCUGCUAUUCUCUUUCUUACAUUCAUAUGCAGCCAACUUCUGGUAUUUCUCUUUUUGUACUUGCACAAAGCUCAAUCACAUGGUGUACUAAUUGGCACCUUCAGCAACUCCACCUCCCCAAUCUUGCUUUAAUCCUAACCAAGAUAUGAAUGUAUUUUUGAUAUUUUGAUACUAAGCUGUUACGUUCCUUCAGAUUUGUGUCUCAACCCUAGGCCUUUCCUUGUAACUUUCUGCUGUUGAGACCAUGGUUUGUUUUGGGUGAGUGGGGGGGAAAUCUUCAGCUAGUGAUUCUUGUUUGCUUUCUGAAUUGUACUUUUAAACAUUUUUUUUCCCAAAGUUAGAACCAUGAGUGUGGAAAUGUGCGCAGAUUUGUAUUGAUGUAAUCUGAAUUAAUCACAUCCUGUGUCAGCCUAUUUAAAAUACUGCGCCUAAGUAUGAAUUUUGGCAAAAUCAGUGUAACUUUAAUUGACUUGGUCUAUCCCAGUAGGUAAAAGAUGAGCUCACUCUCAGCCAAUAAGCUGCACAGUCUCAGUGUAGCCCACUGGGUUACCGAGGUGGAUUGAGUGGUCUGUUAGUUCUCUGAAAUCAUGGCUGCUAACAUAUGCUGCAUGGAAAAGGCUGGCAGUAUCUUUGGGGGUGGUGCAGGAAAAGUUCUUGGAUGGAAAUGGGCAAACAUUCAGUAUCCUAAUGUUUCCUAUUGUGUUUUGUUUAUUACAUUCCAUUAUGUGCAACGUUUGUUUGUCAUCUUCUGAAAAACAUACUGUACACUGAAAUGAUCAAUUGAAAUCACUUCUGAUUGAACAAACAUGCUAUUGAACUCUAGGUGCCCUCUGAUACUGAGUACAGAGCAGACCCUUCAGUCUGAUCAAUAUAUCUACUAUCUGUUUUUUUGCUUUGUUUUACUGAUCAGUAUUCUGCCUCCAUUCACUUCUGUGACCAUUGUAGCGUGCACGUGAUUGUGUAACAGUAGUGCAAAACAUAUGAAAAAUUUUUUUGAAGUACGAGUAAAUUUGUGUAAACCUUUUUAAGUGAACUGUGGGGAAAAAUAAAUUCAGAACAUCUACACAACAGCUAAUAAAGGUUCAAAUGAGUAA